AUGCAAUCUCCAGGCAGAGGAGGUAGAAAAAAGAAGGGAAGUCAAAUGGAGGUCAAAAACAGUGAUCAUGAUGAGUUUGCACCACCUGUGUGUGACUUUCAUGAUGGUGAAUCUGAUUGUGAUUUUGCCGAAAUGUUUCAUAUUUAUGAAUGUGACAGAGAUAUUUUGAACCAUCUAUAUUCUCUGCAAAGUGCUGAAAUUAUACACAAGCAUGUUUAUGAUGCCCACAAAUGCCCUGAGUAUAUGUUAAUAUUAUAUCGAAGUGGGUAUUUCACGGUUGAUAAAACCGUUCUAUCGAUGAAAAUAUGCAUAAAGCACCGUGAAGAGUUGGGGGCAAGAUGGAAAAGACCCAGGCGAACCUGUUCUUAUCCUAGUCAUCAGGGAAAGAUAAAAGCAGACAGAGGAGCCAGUCCAACGUUGUGCAAAGAACUGUGGUUAAAGACAAAACAAAUAUUACCAGUAGGGUCAGCAAUAUGCAAGAGGUGCUCAAUGGAACAUAAGAAGAAUGUCUCUCCAUCUUACAAUUUAGAGUUUGUGGAAGAACUUGAGUGGUGUGAACAAAUUUGUACAACAAUUAGAGGCAAAUGCACACAGUCAAAAUUUAAAGGUGAAUGUCUACAGUCGCACUUGGUGGAUACCCAAAUUGUUGAAAAUGAACAAGGAAUGGCAUUUGAGAUUCAGGAUAAAAACAGUAUGUACACUUGUAUGAAUGAAAAUAGUACAUCUUACCAUCAAUAUGGUCAUAGAGGUGUACCAUGUUCACAAGAAAUUUUCACAGGGAGUUUAACUACAGACAUGGAGUUUGAGAUUUCCUCCACAGGUUCCUGUACCCCAUCCCUACAUGUACCUUCUUCUCAGGACUGGUAUGAAAAGAACAAAACACCGAAAGAAAAACUAAAUGAAGCUUUGCAGAGACUUGCAGAACAAAGUCAUGAUCAGUCAGUCAGAAGCAUGAUUUCCAUGUCAAUGAAUGUAGUGUAG